CAAAUUUAAGGUCAAUUAUGAGGCAGCGGUAAUACGAUGUACGAUGAGGAAUCGCUUGAGUCCAAAUUUACAGAUAAAAUAUUCGGUGGUAUAUUCGUCUCAGUUAGCUUUGUCAUAAUCGGUCUCUGGAUUUACGUAAUAGCAUUAUCGGAUUUAGAAAUACUUUUCAGCAACUACGACUGUAAUGGCAACGUUUGUGGUAGUGAAAAGAAUCUGAAGCCACUUUUGUUUAUGAAUUUCAACGUUUCUAAGUAUAAAUACUUGCUUCACACUAAUUUUGAAGACAAGGUAUUAUCUGUACCUGUUUGUGUUCAAAGAUGUCCGGACCGUUUCAUAAACUCUUCGAAGCAGCUUUCAAAUUUUAUAAACUCAACAGGUGUAUUCUUGUGUGACCCAAGGAUUCCUCCUCUGCUUUAUGAAUCUCAACCGCGUAUCUUAAAUGUAUCAUUAUGUCCAACAUUACCAUUAUAUCCAACUAUACCAAUUGGUGGUGUAUGUAUACCAGUCAAUUUUAUAAAUCAUAGCAAUUUUGCAAAUUUUCAAUAUAAUGCGGAUUCAGAAUUCACUUUAUCAUUAUAUCAAAUCAUAAUAUGUGGUCUAAUGGGAUCAGUUCUUAGCCUUUUGGUAAUUGGUGCUGUGCGUUUUGUACCAGUUGGAUUUUGUACAUAUAUAUUUGGUUAUACAAUAUCUGCUUAUUCAUUACUGAUGAUUUUUUUAAUUGUUCGUCUAUGGAUUCAUAUUAUGAGUUUGAAAUAUGCAUAUUGGUGGAAGAAUGAUGUAUUCAAUCAAAGUCAUUUAUUAAGUCAUGUAACAUUUACAAUUAUCCUAUGCAUUUGUUUAUUUAUUUUAAUAUGCAUCAUUUGUUUAAAUUCAUCAUUGAGAAAUUCAACAAGUCAAUGGCAAAGUACAAUACAAUUUAUUGUUGAAGCAUUAUUUGUAUUAUUAUCAGAUUGUUUAACUGAAUUAUAUGGAUUCAUAAUCAUUAUAUUAAUCAUAAUAAUGAUAGGAAAUAGUUUAUUAUGCUUUCUAUCUGUAUAUAGUUUAUUACAUAUAUUUGCUAUGGUUGAACCAAUUCGAUUAAAAUUUACUGGAUGUUUGGAUUUUCGACAAAUCGGUUGGAUUCAAUAUGGAUUUUUACCUGUAUAUUUAUUAUAUUGUAUAUGGAUUAUUCGUUUUUAUUCAAGUUUUUGUCAAAUCUUUACAACAAUAUUCAUUUCUAAUUGGUAA